UCCAUACAAAAUGGCCGUCCCGUUCAGAUACCACGCCAAAGCCCAAUCCACCUUUAAGCCACCCCUGAUCGCAAACGAGAAUGCCUUCCUAGGCGAUGUAUACUCGAGCGAGAAAGAGAACCCCGACAAGCCCAUCUCGGCUGGCUUCUAUCGUCUGGAAAAAGGCACCCCGCUGGUAUACGAAUACACCUACGACGAGAUGAAAAUCAUCCUUGAGGGACAGUUUGAGAUUGCGGAUGAGACGGGGCAGAAGGUGACGGCUUUGCCGGGGAUGUUUUUUAUUUCCCCAAGGGGGCGAAGAUUACAUUUACGACGGAGACGUAUGGGUUGGCGUUCUAUACUGGACAGCGGAAGCAGGGAGGUGCCUAGAUUGGUCCUAGGAUGGAUGGAUGGAUGAGUUUUAUUUGAUCGGGCGAAAUUACCUGGAUAGCGUGGACUACCAGUAUAUCACGUCAUCGACCCCCUUGAAUAACCGACCGACUCUAAAGAUCCCAAUUAGAGAGGUAGUCUCAAGGGUCUCGAGCCUCUGGGCGAC